CGUAUUAUAGACCCGGAAACGGUAGGACGAGCCAAUCGGUGAGCGCUGCCGGGACGUCCCGGGCUCCAGACUGUUUAUAAUUAUUUGUGCCGGUGCCGAUCUGUGACUGUCACUAUGGGGGAGUCGGACCGAUUCUGCUAUGUGUAUAGUUGUGACCUGGAUAUCAGCGUGAGGCUCAAGAUAGGGAGUCUGGAAGGGAAGAGGGAGCAGAAGAGUUACAAGGCUGUGCUGGAAGAUCCGAUGCUCAAGUUCUCAGGACUUUAUCAGGAAACCUGUUCUGAUCUCUAUGUCACCGGCCAGGUUUUUGCUGAGGGAAAACCUCUCGCUCUGCCUGUGAGAACCUCUUACAAAGCUUUCAGCACCAGAUGGAAUUGGAACGAGUGGCUGAAGCUCCCGGUGAAAUACGCCGACCUGCCCAGAAACGCCCAAGUCUCUCUGACUAUCUGGGAUGUGUAUGGGCCCGGGAAAGCCAUUCCAGUCGGCGGGACCACUGUUUCUUUAUUUGGCAAAUACGGAAUGUUCCGCCAGGGAAUGCACGAUCUUAAAGUGUGGCCAAAUAUCGAAGCGGACGGGUCCGAGCCGACCACGACUCCUGGUAGAACGAGCAGCUCUGUCUCUGAAGACCAGAUGAGCCGACUGGCGAAGGGGCCCAACCAGGAGAGAAUUGAGGAGCUCACCAAGGCUCACCGGCAAGGUCACAUGGUGAAAGUUGAUUGGCUGGACAGAUUAACCUUUCGGGAGAUUGAAAUGAUUAACGAGAGUGAAAAACGCAGUUCAAAUUUCAUGUACCUGAUGGUGGAGUUUCCCUGCGUAAAAUGUGACGAAAAAGAGUACGGGAUCGUUUACUAUGAGAAGGACGGUGACGAAUCGACUCCGAUCUCCACAAGCUCAGAGAUUGUUAGAGUUCCUGACCCUCAGAUGUCAAUGGAGAAUUUAGUGGAGAGCAAGCAUCACAAGCUGGCCAGGAGCCUCAGGAGUGGCCCAUCCGAUCACGAUCUGAAGCCAAAUGCCGCAACGCGGGAUCAGCUUAACAUCAUUGUUAGUUACCCCCCAACCAAGCAGCUGACAUCAGAGGAACAAGACCUGGUGUGGAAGUUCAGAUAUUACCUGACGAAUCAGGAGAAGGCUCUGACCAAGUUCCUCAAGUGUGUCAACUGGGACCUGCCUCAAGAAGCCAAACAAGCCCUGGAACUACUGGGGAAAUGGAAACCGAUGGAUGUCGAGGAUUCUCUGGAACUGCUCUCCUCCCAUUUUACCAACCCAACGGUGAGGCGUUAUGCAGUCGCAAGGCUCCAGCAAGCCGAUGAUGAGGACCUGCUGAUGUACCUGUUACAGUUAGUACAAGCGCUGAAGUAUGAGAAUUUUGAAGACAUAAAGAGUGGCUUAGAGCCAACCAAGAAGGACAGUCAAGGACCCAUGUUAGAGAGCAUGACCACCUCUGGAAUAAACCCAGAAACAGACAGUUCGCAGAUCAUUUCGAAUCCUCUCCCUGCAGUAUCAUCUCCUGCACCACCUUCUAAGACUAAGGAUGGUUUAGAUGCUGAGAAUCUAGAGCAAGACCUCUGCACUUUCUUGAUAUCCAGAGCCUGUAAGAACUCCACUCUGGCCAACUAUUUAUACUGGUAUGUUAUAGUGGAAUGUGAGGAUCAGGACACCCAGCUGAGAGACCCAAAGACUCACGAAAUGUACCUGAAUGUGAUGAGAAGAUUUAGUCAGGCCUUACUGAAGGGUGAUAAGUCGGUCAGGGUGAUGCGCUCUCUUCUUGCCACACAGCAAACGUUUGUAGACAGACUUGUCUAUCUGAUGAAGGCCGUGCAGCGUGAAAGUGGCAAUCGUAAGAAGAAGAAUGAGAGGCUCCAGGCCUUACUGGGUGACAAUGAGAAGAUGAAUCUGUCAGAGUUUGAGCCAAUCCCUCUGCCUCUAGAGCCACAAGUGAAAAUCCGGGGGAUCAUUCCAGAAAAGGCCACGCUGUUCAAGAGCGCCCUCAUGCCGGCCAAGCUCUACUUUAAGACCGAAGACGGAGGCAAGUACCCCGUUAUAUUCAAAAACGGAGAUGAUUUACGGCAAGAUCAGCUGAUUCUACAGAUUAUUUCCCUGAUGGAUAAGCUCCUGCGCAAGGAGAACCUGGAUCUGAAACUGACGCCAUACAAAGUUCUGGCAACGAGCACGAAGCACGGAUUCAUGCAGUUCAUACAGUCAGUGCCGGUUGCCGAGGUACUAGCCACAGAAGGCAGCAUUCAGAACUUUUUUAGGAAAUAUGCCCCAAGUGAGAAGGGACCUUAUGGAAUAAGUGCUGAGGUUAUGGACACUUAUGUGAAAAGUUGUGCUGGUUACUGUGUCAUUACAUAUAUCCUUGGUGUUGGAGACAGACAUCUGGACAACCUCCUGCUGACCAAAACCGGAAAACUAUUCCACAUUGAUUUUGGGUAUAUUCUGGGAAGAGACCCCAAGCCCCUACCGCCACCCAUGAAACUCAACAAAGAAAUGGUGGAAGGAAUGGGAGGGACACAGAGUGAGCAGUACCAGGCUUUCCGCAAACAGUGUUACACCGCAUUCUUGCACCUCCGCAGGUAUUCCAAUUUGAUCCUUAACUUAUUCUCUCUCAUGGUUGAUGCCAACAUCCCAGAUAUUGCAUUAGAACCAGAUAAAACUGUUAAAAAGGUGCAGGACAAAUUUCGGCUGGAUCUGUCUGACGAGGAGGCGGUACAUUACAUGCAGUCUCUCAUUGAUGACAGUGUCAACGCUCUCUUUGCAGCGGUGGUUGAACAGAUCCACAAAUUUGCUCAGUACUGGAGAAGAUAGAGGCUGCUGCUUUUGUCAUGGAAAAAGAGGAAAUCCUACAACGAACAUGCUGGAAUCACUCCCAUACCCUGGCAGUUAAUAGAAUCCUUGGGUAAAAAUGGCACUGCAUAGCUACACAAUAUGGCUCCAUGGUUCAUUCAUGGUUUCAUCCUUUGUCUCCUUUCUCAUGUGAUACAGGAUAAUGGGUGGUGGCUCAGCAUUUGUAUGUAUGCCGGUUGAACAACAUAGAAAAUCGUGCCAGUUUUUCAACUACAAUACUUAAAUAUAUCUUAAAAUGUCAGUCAGUGGACUGUCUACAUAUGUACCAUUGGCCAAGAGAUGUUUUGAAUCCAUAUUUUUUUCCCAAUUUGGAUAAAUCUUAUUUUGCAGAUUUAGAAAAUUAAAAGCAUAGAGUCCGGAAGAGAUUGUCAGCAGUAGUUUUCUCCCAAUUUCCCUUUUAUGUUGAAGAAUGCCAGGAGAUGUAGUCCAGCCACAUUUGGGCACCAAAAGUUUAAAAUGACAACAUCAUCAAUAAUGUGGCUGAGUUAUACAAUACUAUUGACAUUAUCUUAACCAUUUCAAUGUGAAUGGAAUCCUUUGAUAUUACACUUUGAUUAAAUGCUGUUUUUAUUAUCAGUUGAUAAUAAAGAAACCAAAUAGCUGUAAGU